ACCUGAGACAGGAGAAGAGUAGUUUCAGUGGAAUAUGGGAACACGCUAUCAUCACUGAAGUCAGUUUUCAAUAAGUUCAGAAGAAGAAUACCCUGGUCUUCAGAUGUUGAGAUGCUGUGUACAAGACUCAACACAGAAGUUUCCAUGAAAGCAGAGACAUUGACCUGGAGACAUUGAAAACAAGAGAACAAAUAUUAUUUUCUUAACCCUGCAACAGGAGACAGUGGCUGGUCACAGACUCUCACAUUUAUCCCCUCUGCCCAUCACAUUUAUGUCGGACUCUGAGCUGCUGCCCUCAGCAUCCACCUCUCCGCCCCCAUUUCACCAGUGUGACUACAGAGAAUGGAGACCCACAUGGGUAAUCAUACCCUCAGUCUAUCUCCUGGUAUUUGUUUUGGGCUCCCUUGGAAAUGGGCUUGUCCUCUGGGCAUACCUGGAUCAACCUGAGGGUAAACCAGCCGGCAUGGGGACCUGCACCAAGCGGCGUCUUCAGCAACCUGGAAGGAGCUCUACCCCCAAGUUGCCGGACUCCUCUCGUUCCCUUACUGACUCACUCAUUGCCAGCCUGGCGGCAGCAGACCUGGCUUUUGUGGUAACCCUGCCCUUAUGGGCAGCCCACACAGCGCUAGACUACCACUGGCCCUUUGGCAAGCCUCUUUGCCAAGUCAGCAGCUAUUUAGUGGCCCUCAACAUGUAUGCCAGUGUGUUCUCCCUCACGGUCCUGAGCAUAGAGCGUUACUGGGUUAUUGCUGGCCGACGGCGAUCCAGUAGGGCCCAGGGGAGUGGCGUCUGCCGAGCAGCUUGGGUAGUGGGGAGCGUUUGGGUGGUGGCAGGUAUCCUUGCUCUGCCUGCGCUACUACUGAGGACUGUAAGGGAGGUGGAUGUAGGGGGUGAGUAUGAAGAAGACUGGCAGACAGCUAAAGAAGAGGAACACUCGGUUCAUGAUCACAUGCCCAUGUUCAUCUCCUCCUGUAUGAUGGACUACUCUGGUCUGAUCUCAGCAGAGCUGGAGGAAGAUGACAGGGAGCAGGCAGAGCUACUGUGGAUGGCGGCUCUAGGACUUAAAUCCACCGUGGUUGGCUUUCUGUUGCCUCUGAUCAUCUUACUGAUCUGUUACUGCUCCCUAGGCCGCCUCCUCAGCCGCCAUUUUGGACAGGGUCCUCGCCCCGACCGCCGACGCCAACGUCGCCUUUUGCGAGUCAUCGUCACCUUAGUGCUAGCCUUCUUCCUCUGCUGGCUUCCCCUUCAUGCCAACAAGACACUUUCCAUGCUCAUGGAGUUAGAGCUGUUGCCCUACUCCUGCCCAUUUGACCGGACGCUGGUUGCAGCUCACCCCUACGCCACCUGUCUAGGGUAUGUCAAUAGUUGCCUCAACCCCCUUCUGUAUGCUUGUUGUGAUGUGGCCUUUCGGAAGCGUUGCCGGGCCUUACUGCAGUGGUGGUGGUGCAGGGGUAGGUGUGGGAGUCCAGUGACAGUAGAUGAGGAGGAGAAUAAGGAACAGGCCAGCCGGAGUUCUGCAAUUCCUUCUGGAACACGCGAGGAAACGGGAAAUGGAAUUGAGGGGCAGGAUGACGUGAGGCAUGGCAGAGGCUGAGAGGAUGGUUGGAGUGCUGUGGCGCCUCAGUCGGAAGAGGAUACUAAUAAACAGAGACGGAUAUCCUGGGAAAUGUGCAACCCUUAGUGUAUUCACGUAAUCCCUCAGGAGAUACACAAACUCAAUAAAUACCACUGGGAAUGGUCAUUUCUUCCAAGGAGAUAAAAAGGAGACCUUCUAGAAAGACACUUGCAACAAAGAAAAUGUAUAUUAUGUGCUACCAAGCCAACAGAUGGGUUUUCUGUAUAUCUUUUUUGAUAUAGCUACAUAACAAUAUGUAUGAAAUACGCAUUCAAUUUGAAUACUAAGAAUUGUGAAUCGAAAAUCCCUGUUUUUCUAAAUGAAUGCUUCUCUGUUAAGGACAGUGAUGUUCACACAAGCUUUCUCCAGUCCAUGAGAAUCAUGUGACCCGCUGAGGUGGAGGCGGCAGAAAUGUUGUUACCAAAUGAAAUCCUUUAGCCAUGGUACUGGUACAGUUCAUAGUUUCCCACGGAGGCACAUGGCACUCUCCCUGACACACACACACCCACACCCACACACACACACACACACACACACACACAAAGCGAGAGGGAGAUUUCCAGUUUAUAAGGAAGUGAAUGAUGUGUUCCUUUGUGACUCAUAAGAUUGCAUUAAUACAGAAUCUUUAGUGCCAAACUUUCAUCGAGGAAGCUUGACUAGUGUGGCACUGGAGGCAACCUGGUCUCAGAGCAUUUGUAUUAUUCUGUAUGUAAAUCCGAAACACUCCAUU